CCCAGGAUGUAUUCCUCAGUCACUUUUGUUUUGCUGGGACUUAUCACUGCUAGCACAAGCAUAGAGGAGCACUGGGCUGGCAGUGCAAAUGGAACAACUGAUGCCAGUGGAGUUUGCCGGUGUUCAGUGCAUCUUACGGAUUCGAGUUUUCCUGUGGACAGGAUGGAAAAAUUGGAAAUGAGUGCUGACUCUUUAUCAACAUCAGUUGAAAAGGAGUUUUUAAAGAUCCAAGAGUCCAUGACCAAGAUUUCAGGCUUUGAAAAACGAAUGCACAAUCUCACUCUCCGCAUUGAAAAGAUGGAAAGCAGUGGGCUCACAUACACCGAGCUGGACUUUGAGCUGCUCAAACUUGAAAUCAGAGAGAUGGAAACGCUCAUCACUCAACUGAAGGGCAGUUUCUCUGGCAGUAAUGUCAUUGCUGACCAGCUCUAUGCUGAGAUCAAAAACAUGAGCCUUACCAUCACUAGCCUGGAAACGUUAGAUAAAAACAACGUACUUGCCAUACGUCGGGAAAUUCUUUCUCUGAAGAAGAAACUGCAAGAAUGUGAGGAGUUUAAAAAUCACACUAAUCCUGGUCCCCCAAUUGUUUAUGGUUCUUGCAAUCAUGGCCUCAUUUCAGACAUCAGCCAACCAUUUCUUGUACAAAUGAACUGGAGAGGACUUGGUCACAAGUAUGGUGCCUGGGGAAAAGAUCCUGAACCUGUAUCACCAAAGGAAGAACUUUACUGGCAAGCCCCCCUGAAUACAGAUAACAGAUACAUGGAGUAUUACAGACUUUACUCCUCCUAUGAUGACUUCUUGCUGUACAGAAAGAAAAAAGAGAUAACAUUCAAAUAUGGUCAGGGCAGUGGUAUGGUUGUGUAUAAGAAUCAUUUGUACUUUAAUUAUUACAGCACAAAAGAUGUCUGCAAAAUUGAUCUUAACACGCAAAAAGUAGCAGUGAGAAAACCAAUUCCUUUUGCUGUUUUUAACAACAGGUUUUCUUAUUCAACACCUUGGCAAGAUAUUGAUAUUGCUGUAGAUGAAAGUGGGUUGUGGGUCAUCUAUGCUACUGAGCAAAGCACAGGCAACAUUGUGAUCAGUAAACUGAAUGAGACCAGCCUGGAGGUCGAGAAAACCUGGAUGACCAAGCAGUACAAACCUUCAGUUAGCAAUGCAUUUAUUGUGUGUGGAGUUCUGUAUGCUACUAGGACUGUAAACACGAGGCAGGAGGAAAUAUUCUAUGCAUAUGACACAAAUACCGAACAGGAGAGCAAUAUCAGUCUGUCAUUCAAUAAGAUGAUGGAGAAUAUUUAUGGCGUUAAUUACAAUCCCAAAGAUCACAAGCUCUAUGUGUACAACGAUGGUUAUCUUGUGACAUAUGACCUCAGUUUUCAUCCCAAUGCAGAAGACACUCUAGGUGUCUGAACUGCACUUUACCUGAUUUAAUGUUUGUGUUAUUCAAAUACAGUUCUUGAACCUCUUUUGUGCCUAUUCGGAACAUUUAUAUGUGGCAUUUUGAUUAAUUUUUUAAUAAAUAUGUGUAUAAGUCUCUUGUGAA